UUAGCAAUCGACAUGUCGACUCUGAAAGAGAUUCUGACUCGCCGGCCGGUGUCGGCGACAAUAAGACUAACGGUCCCAGCCGGAGGAGCACGUCCAGCUCCCCCAGUCGGUCCAGCUCUGGGUCAGUACCGGCUGAACCUGAUGGCGUUUUGCAAGGACUUCAACGCUCGGACCCAGAAGUACAAGCCCGAUAUGCCAAUGGCGGUGACGAUAACGGCGUUUAAAGACAACACCUUUGAGUUCACGGUGAGGUCGCCGUCCGUUACUUGGUACCUGAAGAAGGCGGCAGGGAUCGACUCCGGCAGCAGCCGUCCCGGCCACGUGGUGGCCUCCACGUUGUCGAUCCGGCACGUCUACGAGAUCGCGAAGGUUAAGCAAUCGGAUCCAUACUGUCAGUACAUGUCGUUGGAGUCUAUUUGCAAGUCUAUAAUUGGUACUGCUAAUUCUAUGGGGAUUAAGAUUGUCAAGGACUUGGAUUAACUUCCGAUUUUUUACGUUGAUUGUUAAGAAACUGUUAAUUGGUUUUUGCAGUCCUGCAUUAAUCGAUCUGUGUUUGUUGUAAGAAAUAAAAAUUUGAGCUUCCAUGGAUAAUUUUAUUCA